CUCCAGGUGAUGGGAGCACGCGGGGGUCAGGAUCUGUACACGGACCGAGCCGCAGGUUAGAAACACAACACGGAGAGAAUUCGAGGAAGAGGAAGGGUGCAGCGCGUGCUGAGCGUGUAGAAGUCGUACACAGAGAGCCGAGUGUGAGCGGAGUGUGAGCGGAGUGUUUAAGGGGUGAACAGGAGAGACACACGGACACCAACAUGCCUUCGGAGAAGACGUUUAAACAGCGCAGGACGUUCGAACAGAGAGUGGACGACGUGAGACAGAUCCGAGAGCAGCAUCCCAACAAAAUCCCAGUCAUCAUCGAGAGGUACAAGGGCGAGAAGCAGCUUCCCAUCCUGGACAAAACAAAGUUUUUGGUUCCCGAUCAUGUGAACAUGAGUGAACUCAUCAAGAUCAUCAGGAGGCGCCUGCAGCUGAACGCUAACCAGGCCUUCUUCCUGCUGGUAAACGGCCACAGCAUGGUCUCCGUCUCCACGGCCAUUUCUGAGGUGUACGAGCGUGAGAGGGACGAGGACGGCUUCCUGUACAUGGUCUACGCCUCUCAGGAGACGUUCGGAGCGGCCGGAGUGCACUAGACCCCGCGCCCCGCCGGUUUCCGGAUUCGGACACUGACACCUACGAUCCCUCGCUCCCGUCGUCCUCCACUCACUUCCUCCUUCCUCAUGCAGACGCCGAUGCGACAUGCUGCAGGACCGAGACAUGUCCGUUUGCCUAAGAGCUGAUUUCAGAUCAUUCGUUAAUAACCCCGGGUGUGUGUGUGUGUGUGCUAGAAAUGUUGUAAGGGGUCACACGUUUAGUUUAGUUUUUUUUUUCAAAAAAGCGAUUAGCCUCGAAGCGACAGCUAGGCUGCAAAUGCAUGUGUUUUCUGACGUCUUCAUCAACAGAGUCUGAGGUCCAAGUCAGAGUUUGAUGAGAUCAGAUUUCUUCUUUGGUUUUGUUUUUUAAUUUUACUUAAUAAUUUUAUCUUAUAGAAAUUGUUGCGCGUGUGACUGUUUGCUAAUGUAAAGGCACGGCGAGAGCUCCGAGGUCGGGUACAGCUCCGCUUCUGUCUAAAGCUCCCUGCUCUUUUAAUUUGGGCCCAAGCACCAUGACAUCAGCCCCAUGUCAUCAUAGUGUGUGAGGGUCUUCUUGUUUUAUUUAAGUUUUCCUGAAUUAGACAAAUCUCUGAGCUUUACGCUGAUUCGCUAAAUUUCACCGCGCGGGUUGUCGUUUGGACGUUGUGUCAUAAUAUUUUCUGCAAGGUUGAAUAGUUUUUGCUGCGUCCUGAAAUGAGAAGCGAACCCUUGUGAUGAGAAACUUUACAUCACACACACACACACACGCACAGCUAGCUAUGAUUGGGGUAAAGAUGUUACGAUCAGAUGUGUGUGUGUGUUAAUCCAAUACAGAAAUAUAUCAUAUCGGACCGAUAUUAACCUAAAUGAUGACUGAUAUCAGAUUUGAUCCAAGUCCUGUUCGUCAUUUUUCUGCCUAAAUAAUUCAGUACAAUAAUUCAAUACAAAUUUGGUUGUAUUAAUUUUGGUGUUUGGCUAAAAAGUAAAUUAUCGUAAUGCUAAAAUUAAAAUAGUUCAUUUAUAAAUACGCAAACAAAGCAAACUAUUAUAAAGAGACCUUUUCUUAUUUGAAGCGGUCAUAAAAUUUUAUUACAGAAUAAACAAACAUGUCUCAUUUACGACGUGAGGUAAAUUUAGCAAUUUAUCUCGUCGUCGUUAUACAGGUUCACAUUAUUUUCACAAAGCCUCAUUGCUGUGGUUCAGGACCGAUUUUAAAAUAUCACAUGAUUAUCACCUUCUAAAUAUUUUUGGUUUUGAAUUUAUUUUUUAGAAACCCUUUAAUUAUAUAUAUUUUUUAAAAGAAAACAUAAUUUUUUUUUGUAAAUAUUGUAUCACUAGAUCUAAUCCGCCAGCAGUUGUCCUCGUAUUGUCCAUGAUAAACUAGAACAGAGCUCUAGGAUCAUAUCAGAGGGUUUUUUUCUUUUUUUUUAACAGUAAUAAAUUCUGACCAAGUAAGACGGCCUACGCUGAAAUGCAACGUUAUAACGUCGUAAUUAAAACAUUAGCUGGGGCGGCGCUAGAAAUGCUAUCCAUACUGAUGUUGCUGAUGAACCAAACCCGUGGUCUGAAUGAUCCGAGUGGUUAAAGGUUCCUACAGUUCUGUCCGUCUUUGCAUUUUUACUUUCUUUCCUCUUCGUUGGCGCUCAGAUGAUUACAAAUAAUAAUUAAAAACGCCAAGCUACAUUCGUAGACUGUGUAUGAUUGUAAUUCAGAGCGUUGAAGUGCUGAUUCUGAGGGAAAAUAAAACAAUCAUGUGAAGUAUUUAACUGGGAAAAAACAAGAAGGGCAGAAGCAGAGAAAUGAAAGGGAGCUGGUUUGUGUUCAGGACACAGCCAACUUCGCCGCUGUUCUUCCACCGUACGCUUUUUAGAGUUUUAUUAGAGCUUUAUUUACGCCUUUAUGAACGCAUCCUGCGUGUAUACAUCGCUGUGUAUGCAUAACUGUACGACACUUUAGAUGCCUUUUAUCCUUCACAUUUAGCCUGAAUGUUUUUAUUUAAAGAAAUGUUUCCUUGUAAAAAAUUGUUCAUAUGCUAUACUGUGUAAGGAUCGAAAUAAAAAAAAAAGGGAAAAAAAACAAAAUAAAAGACAUUUCUUUGGAA